AUGGAAGAGAGCGAGGAGAGUGAAGAACUGAGUGAAGUGGAGGAGAAACAUCACGACAAACCUGGAGAAAAACCUUCGAGUCGCUCGAAGACUAAAAAUACAUUUUUAAAGAAAAGAAGAGCCAAGAAAUCUUUCACCUGCACUCAGUGUGGGAAGAGUUUCCCAUUCAAGCGAAGUCUUGAGUGUCACUUGAGAGUUCACUCUGGAGAGAAACCGUUCACUUGUGAUGACUGUGGGAAGAGCUUCACACAAAAAGUACACCUUAAAAAUCACAUGAGGAUCCACACUGGAGAGAAGCCGUAUGCAUGCGAUCAGUGCGGGAAGAGCUUCACGCAAUCAAUAAACCUUAAAGAACACAUGAAAAUCCACACAGGAGAGAAACCGUUCAUGUGUGACCAGUGUGAAAAAAGUUUCACAUACAAACAAAAUCUAAAUAUGCACAUGAGGAUCCACACCGGAGAGAAGCCGCACGCAUGUGAUCAGUGCGGCAAAACAUUUAUCGUGUCAUCAAACCUGAAGACACACCUGACAGUUCAUACGAAGGAGAAGCCGCAUUCAUGUUCUGUGUGUGCAAAGAGUUUUUCACUGCUGAAAAGUUUAAAAGUACAUCAGAAAAUACAUGCUGAUGUGAGAGAGUACAUGUGCUUUGAGUGUGGGAAAACUUAUACUACAGCAUACUGUUUAAAACUGCACCAGAGGAUCCACACUGGAGAGAAACCUCACAAGUGUUCACACUGUGACAAGACAUUCAGUGUGUCAUCAAAUCUGAAUGCACAUGAGAGGAUCCACAGCAGAGAGAAGUCACACAAGUGUGAUCAGUGCGGGAAGAGUUUCACUUCUAAAAGUCAGCUGAAGAUACACAUGAAGAUCCAUGCAGUGGAGAAACCAGAUCACCACAGUCUGAGAUCACGAACUACCAGAAAUGAAUCGGAGUUGAAAGCAGAAGGAGAGAACAGAGAGAAGACGAGAGAUCCAGAACCUGCAGAAUUGAAACAUCAUGGUACUUGGGAACAAACAGACCUGAGAAAGGAAAACAAGAAGCAAAAAAAAAAUCUGUCCCCUGCCCACAGUGUAAACAAGAUGCCCAUAUAAAUCAAGUCUGAAGAUUCACAUGUGAGUUCACACCGGGAAGAAGCCCUUCACCUGUGGUCAAUGCGGGAAGAGAUUAACAAGUAAAUGAAAUUUCAAGAAUCACAUGAGGAUCCACACCGGAGAGAAACAUUACAGCUGUGAUCAAUGCGGGACGAGUUUCACUCAAGCUUUUGUUCUGAAAUCACAUCUGCCUUCUCAUUCUGAAGAAAUUAAUUUCGUUCGGCUUCGGCCAAGAAUUUUAAUUUCAGUGCAUCCCUAGAUAUUUCUAUUACGAUUGUGAUUGUUCGCAGUGUCAUGGUGUCACGUGUAGGUUCCCGUUGAGUUCCUGUUUUCCUUAUUUGGUCC